AUUAACGAUUCGCAUUGUGACGUUUAAAACAAAAGAAGCUACAGCUCGAGCCCUAGCCUAAGGCUAGCCGAUUUGCACUUUAAGCAAAUAAGGGCAGUUGAAUUUUAGGCGUUGACCGUUUCUAACGAAUGUACUGAAGUGCUACAAAGCGUUUGCUUAUAAAUACAAGAAAAUUUUCUUGUUGUUUGUUUUGUGCAUAAAAGAAAAUUAAAAAAAAAAAAUUUUGUACUUAUUUGAAAUUAUAAAGUUCUAUUCGUCAGUAAAGAAGGUUAAACAUUAAGGAUUCAUCAUGAGUCAGAAAGUUUUCGGUUUGUUCGUGGUGAUGAUUGCAGCUGCCAGUGCAGUAAAGGUUCCUGUCACGAUUUACUAUGAAUCACUCUGUCCAUAUAGCGCAAAAUUCAUAAACGAGCAAGUGUAUCCAGCAGUUAGUGGCGAACUACGAGACUACAUAGAUCUCACAUGGGUGCCAUAUGGAAAAGCUAAUUUCACCACACAAGGCGACGACGUGAUCUUCACCUGCCAGCACGGUCCUGACGAAUGCUAUGGCAACAAAGUGUAUGCAUGUGCCAUCGAGCAUAUACAGGACAACUCCUACCAAAUCGAACACACCAGGGAAUCAUUGACAUUGGACUUCAUCAAUUGUUUAAUGAAGGCGGGCAAGAAUUUCGAUGACAACGUAUAUCCGGGUGUACGCUGCGCACGUGAGAGUAGCAUUAGCAACUGGGAGAAUAUCCAACAAUGUGCCAACUCCACCGAGGGUAGUCAUUUGCUCAAGAAACAAGGGGAAAUAACUCAAAAAUUCCAGAAUCCAAUAAGCAAAGUGCCAACUGUUGUUUUUAACAAUCACUAUGACGCCGAAGAGGAUAAUAUCGCCAUAGCAAACUUCGUGGAGAUUUCUUGCAAAUAUAUUUCAAAACCGCAACCUGAGGCGUGUGACGCUUUCAACUCUGCCGUCGCCACCACUAUCACACCCAUUUCGGCCCUAUUGGCUUAUUUGUUGGUGCGCUGCUUUUAGAGAGGUUGCCUGAACGCAAGUUUUAUAUAUGCCAUGUGUAACAACUUUCUGCUUCCAUAAGAAAAAAACAGACGUUGUUUUAAUUAUUUUUAUAUCAUUAUAAACUAAAUGAUUUUGCUUCAGUUAGAGUAGUUCCAAUUUUUUUAUAUUAAUAAAUAUUUUACAAAAGCUGUGCUAAAGUUUGUUAACAUUAUUUGUAUAACCAUACAUUCAUAAGUACGUUUGUGUGCUCGUAGAUCGGCUUUCACUAUUUGGAAAUGAAUAAAGUUCACAUUUGUAAUAUAUUUAAUUAAUUAAAAUUGAAAUAAAAUUUUGGUAAUACGAAAACUA